UUUCGCGGGAAAGCGCAGUGACAAUAUGGCCGAAGUCACACGUAAACGCAAAAUUAAAAGUUCACAAAAUACAGCAAAAAAUGUCAAAAACUCGCACCUAUUGAACGAUCUCAUCGCGGAAAAAACACAUUAUCAUGGCUCAAUAGUGCGUAUGAAGUUAAUUAAGUUUCUGUAAGUAGAAAUAGUUGUAUUUAUGCAUUUGAAAAUAUGAAGUUUAAUUUUAUGUCCUUUUGUGUAAAAAGCAGAUGUUUUGAGAUAUUUCUGUGUUUGUAUAGGACAUAUGACGAAUGCGAAUAUUUUCCUGGUCCAAGUUUAAAUGUAAUCCUUGGGCCAAAUGGUGAGAUAUGCACAGCUUUGUUUAAUUUAUGUGUUUAAUUAAUUUAUAAUAAUAAUAUAUAAUUAUAAGUUUAUGGUAUAUGACUUUAUAUGUUGCAACAAAAGAUUAACAGUUAAAUAAACAAUAAAAACAUUGUCCAGUUUUAGUGAGCAUCACCAAAUAGAUUGUAUCCUCAACCUGGUUGGGAAGUUCGGAAAUUGCACACGCGAAAUUUUGAAAAUUUAAUGUUAAAUAUAUAGAAAACAUUGAAACCUUGGAUAUGCAACAGCAACUUUCCACAGACUUCUGAAUCAUAAGGUCGAUUUACAUUAGCUAACUUUUGCCAAAAACUGUUGCAUGCAACCUGCAUACAACUGUGAAAAUCAUGCAAGCACACAACUCGCUUAUGUUGUUGUAGCUGCUUAAAAAUGGGGUGACCAGGCCUAAAAAAAAUACCUGUGGUUCCGGUUUCGUAUUGUGAAAAAAUUGAGGUCGGUAGGUCGGAAAUAAAUAGUUUUUUUAAAUAUUUUUUUUAUGCUUUUGGCGGUUUUUUGCUGGGCGAUUUGCAGUAGAGUCCCGACAUCAAUAUUAACUAGAGAUGCGUACGAUUCCCUAUGGACGAAUUUAGGCAAUUGGUUCAAUAAUUAGUGUGACAACAGAUGCCAUUUUGGCACGCUGUAUGAGCAAUCCCCCAGAGAAAAUAGGGUUGCACGGUCAAUAGCGUUGAAAAAAAAUAGGGUCGGCCGAAAAAAAUAGGGUCGGUUGGGAACCGGAACCACAGGUAUUUUUUAGGCCCCACUGAUAAAUUCCAGUGUUAAAGUUACCCCAGAAGAUUUAAAAUAAAUUAUCAUAUGUGACUUAGGUAGUGGCAAGUCAUCUCUCGUCUGCGCAAUAUGUCUUGGUCUAGCUGGCUCACCUAAAGUCCUUGGACGAGCUGACAAUGUGAGUCUUCAUAAAAGCAAAUCAGUAUACUCUAGAGACAUCAACCAUCAUUUAGUAUUAUAUAAAUGAAUUUUGCUAUUAAUCAAAUUAAUUUAGGUUGGUGAAUUUGUAAAACAUGGCGAGACAAAUGGAUCAGUUGAGCUUGAGUUGUAUGUAUUACAAUAUAAAUAAAAUAUAAGAUAAUCACACAGGUUUCUUUGAUCAGGGAAAAAUUAGCAAUUUAUUGCUGUUGAAUUCUGAAAAGGUAAAAAGGAUUACAUUUAGCAGCUAGAGCCAUCAUCUUUUAUUGAAUAUACAAUCAUCUCAUGGGAUUAUAAAACACUUUUCAGAUAUAAUGAAGAACACAAAGGCAACUACAUUAUAGAGAGACAAAUCACUCGUGAUAAUAAAUCUACUUGGUAUCUCAAUAGGAAAGCAGUUUCUCAGAAAGUUGUAAGUUUUUUAAACCUACGUUUUUGUUACUUGUAAAACGUUUUGUUACUUUGGUAAAAUACAGUAUAUUGUUGCAAAAUUGUUAAUAAUUGUUUAGAUUAACUUCAAUAUUAACAAUUCCAUUUUUAAUACAAAACCUAAUCUUAACCAUAAUCCAAACCAGAAUCCCAACUCUUGUCCUUGUGACAUCAUAUUUCAGGCUGACAAUUUUAAAAAAUUAUCUUUCUUAGAUACAGGAUUUAGUAAAUAAGCUAAAUAUUCAGAUCAACAAUUUGUGCCAAUUCUUGCCCCAGGUAACUCAUACUAUUGUCUCGUAUGUGAGCAUUUUACUUGUAUUUUUUUAUAUUAAUUUAUAUUAAUUUAUAUAGUAUUGUCAGUUGCCAAAUUCUGACUACAUUAUUUUUGAAUCUAGGAAAAAGUUGUUGAAUUUGCUAAAAUGUCUCCUCAAGAAUUGUUAGUUGCCACAGAGAAGGCAGUAAGUACGCCAGCAAAAAACUGUCAUCACCUGGCAACCAAAAUCACCAUCAUCACCACCACCAUAUAUUUUUAUAACCACCAUCAUCUGCACAAUCAUUACCAUCAUUUCCACCACCAUCAUCACCACCAUCGUCAUUACCACCACCAUCAUCAUCACCAUUAUCACUACCACCAUAUAUUAUUAUCAUCACCACCAUCAUCAUCUGCACAAUCAUUACCAUCAUUUCCACCACCAUCAUCACCACCAUCAUCAUCACCACCAUUAUCACUACCACCAUAUAUUAUCAUCACCAUGCACCAUCAUCUUCACAAUCAGUCAGUACCAUCAUUAUCUCCAGCACCAUUAUCACCACAAUUAUCAUGACCAUAAUCACCACCAUCAUCAUCUGUGACAUAUCAAACCAGUUGACAUAUUGGUAAUACUAUAAUGUUGCAAAACAUCUUCCCCCAUGGAUAAACUCUGCAAUGACAAUGUUUCAGGUUGGUCCACCAGAUAUGUGGCAAAACCAUCAAGAUCUCAUUACAUUAGGAAAGAGAGGAAAAGAUAUGGAGGUGGGAAUAUAUCUUCUUUCUUCACUUGGAGUUGAUUAUGCAAAGUCCAGAAGUAACUACUGCUACUAAUGUUUUCAGCUUCUAUAAAAGCCCUCUCACCCCAUGGCCAGACGAUCAAUACCCAAGCGAUUGUUUUUUCUAAAGGGUUUGUUUUAAAUUUCUAAAUUUCAAGGCAUCAUUGACAGAGAAGCAGGAACAUUUGGAAAAACUGGAACAACAGAACAGUAGGUUGGAACAUGAAGUCAAAAGAUUUCAGGAGCGAGAAAAACAUUUGGAGAAAAUUAGAGUUUUAGAAAAGAAAAAACCAUGGGCAGUAAGUAUUACAAUAACUAGGUGAUUCAAUUUAACACUAGCAUUCCAAAUAAACUAUUGUAACCAUCAGUAUAAUUACCAUGGUCAUUACUCUUAUAUACUGUAUGAUAAUCUUUACCAUCACCACCAGUACCGUACCUAUCAUCAUCACUAGUUCACUAAUACCAUUUUCACUACCAUCAUCACCACCACCAUCAUCACCACCACCAUCAUCAUUACCAACAUCAUUGCCAACAUCACACCACCAUCAUCACCACCACAAUUACCAUAAUCAUCACUGUCAUCACCAUCACCACAAUUACCAUAAUCACCACAGUCAUCACCACAAUUACCAUAAUCAUCACCACAAUUACCAUAAUCAUCACCGGACACCAUCACCACAAUGACGAUAAUUUUCACCCAGGAAUAUGAGGAGCUGAGACAACAGUUUGUUAAGAAAAGAGAGAAACGAGACGAGUUGAAGAAAGUGAUAGACCAAGCAAGAAAGCAAAAUGCUCCACUGGAGAAGAAGAAAAACGAAGCAGCUACAAAAGUCCAACAACAUGCCGAGGAAAGUCGUCAACUGGUAAUGAGAUAGAGUAAUCAUUAGCGAGGUUCAGAUUUGACGUCCGCUACCAUUAAGGGACCAUAUUAGCCAAUGAGAUCCGUUUGAUAUAUCUGAUCAACCAAUCAGAUGCGUUUGAUGUAUCUGAUCAACCAAUCAGAUGUUGUCUAAGCCAGUGAGAGGUAGUGGAAGUCAAAUCUGAACCACUCUAUUACCUCCGCCAGGAAGUUAUGUUUUUAUCUGCGUUUGUAUGCGUCUGUGUGUUUAUCUGUCUGACAGGACAAUAACUUUAAAAAUAUCAAACGUAUCAUUUCCAGGGAGAGAAAGGUAGACAGGCUCAUCAAAGUCUCAAGAACAAAAAAGAUAAACUCGAUGAAUGGCUGGAUAAGGUGGGAAAACAUUUUAUUACUAAACCCAAUUAAGAUCUUUUGAAUGUAUCCAUCACUUACGUUUACUUCAUUGACCACUGGCAAUAUUUUUUGCAGGUGAAAGACAAAGAAAAUGAGCUUAAAGAAAUGGUGGACCAACAGAAAAGCAUACAAAAGAAGUAAUGGGCUGAUUGAAUGAAAGUUUAUUUAAAUAAAAAGCUGGGUUCUCUAAAUAGAAUUAAUUUUGGAAAUGUAUACGUUUUCAUGUUAAUAUGUUAUAUACUGUAACCUGCGUGUUUUUGUUUGCUAGAAUUUCUACUUUGGAGGGAAUUGUCCAAGGUUUAAAAGAUGAAUUGGAAAAUCUUCCAGGACCGGAAACAUUUCAGGUAAUUCACAAAACAUUUCGGAUACAAUUUAAGUACUAAAGAAAUGACAGCAGAGUGUAUUGUCACCUGUGUAUUGUAAAUUUAGCCUCGCUUGCUGGAGAUCAACAGUGAAGCUCGAGCACUCCAGCAACAAAUAAACCAAAUUCAAACCGAUGCACAUAACCUUAAAGAGGAGAAAGGCAGUUCUGGACAACGAUUGAGAAGUAAGUAAACCAGAUGAAGUUAGUUUAGCGCUCCGGAUAGACAAUUUGUCGAGAAAUAGGAAAUUGUCAAUACAAUAGAAAAUUGAAGGAUUUGUAAGAAAUGUUUGAGGGAAGUGUCUUGGUGUUUAAGACUGAGUCAGUUUCCUCAAACAUUUCUUACACAUCCUUCAAAACGUAGGAUUUACCUAUGCAAGAUUCCUACUGUGAUCACCGAAACUUUAUAGUGCGAACCAGGCUUAAGAAAGGUGUCUAUGCAUAAGGAGAGCUUCGACAUUUUUUGUGGUUUUUUUUCCAGGUGUCAGAGACAGGUUAAGUCGUCUUGAAGACAAGAAGAAUCAGCGUUUGGAGUUCUUAAGAACGCAUUAUAAAGACACGUACAAUGCUGUCAUGUGGCUUCGUGACAAUCAAGACAAGUUUGAAAAACCUGUCCAUGAACCUAUUAUGCUUUUGGUGAGGAUCAUUGUUACAGAUUCUGUUGUACUAGUUGUAAUUGUUAUGGUUGUAGUACAUGUAACAGUGAAAGUAGGUACAAGCUGUUGACCAAGGUGGCCUGGGAACUAGUGAUGGUACUUGAAUUAAGGAAAGAUCCGUGCACGUGGUAUGCUGAACUGGCAAUCACACUCGGGCACCCAUCACACCAAUACAGUUGGUGGUAAAAAAUAAUCCACAUGCCUAUUAUGAUAAAGAGAGGGUUGGAGGCUCUUUGGAGAGGGUUGGAUGUUCUUUGGAGAGGGUUGGAGACUCCAUGGAGACUCUUUGGAGAGCGUUGGAGGCUCUUUCCCCAUAGUUACAUUAAUGGUACCUUGAUAGUUACUUACAUUAAUGGUACCUUGAUGGUUACUUAAAUUAAUGGUUUCUUUAAAUGAUAUUGUUCAUUUUCCUUUCCAUGGUGUAGGUGAACAUGAACAGAACAGAAGACGCUAAGUUUCUUGAGAUGGUUGUCCCUGGCAACGACAUGAGAGCGUUUGUCUGUGAAACAAGAAAAGAUCUACAGUUGUUUUUAUCGGAGGUAAAGUACGCCGGUGGUAUACACCAACCAGAAGAUUUGAUUUUGUGAACAGUCGUUAAUGAAAAGAAACUUGUUGCAAAGGAAUUCGUUAAAACAACAAGCAUUUUUCAGGUUCGUGAUAAGCAAUCUUUGAGAGUUAACGCAGUUGCUCCACCUGAAACUCCAUUGGCAAAUUUCAAACCCAGGAGAACUAUUGACCAGAUCAAGUACGUAAUACUACUACUGCUCAAUUAUACAUUUGAUGAUUAAGUAGAGGCUACAAAUCAUCUUGCAGCUAAGUACUGAUUUGCAAAAGACGCAGGUCAAACAGGACGAGUCGAACAACAACAAGGACGACGACAGCACCAACAACAACAACAACAACAACAACAAUAACAAUAACAAUAACAGCAACAACAACAACGUUUAUUUGUGUCUUUACAAUAGUAUUUACAAACAGUAUUAGUCUAUCAAUGUAAUACGAGGUGGAAUGGUUAGUUUUUGGUGAGGAAGGAAAACCGGAGUACCGAGAGAGAACCAAUAACAAUGCUACUUACACGAGUUUUCAAGUGCGCCAAUCAGAGCAGAGUAGUCACCCAUUAUAAGUAAACACUACCGUCGAUUUACAUUAGCAGACCUAUUAUUCAAUAGUAAGGAACUGUUAAAGGUAUGGACAUUCGUCUUCUUGAGUUCAUUUAUACCUGACGAAAUAUAUAAUUUCAGGCAAUGGGGAUUCCACCAUUACUUGAAGGAGCUGUUCACUGCUCCUGAUGCUGUGAUGCGAUAUUUAUGUGAGAACUGUAAAAUCCACGACAUUCCACUGGGGACUGAAUACACCCAAAACCACGCUGAAGAGGUACUGACCUUUGCUAGACUCAUUAUUUCUACUGUAUAAGCCAACCUCCAGGGAGAACAUUUUAAAAUUGAUGUCGUACGAUCGUGUCGAUUAGUCGUACGUAUAACUGGCAUGCCAAUGAUUAUUGCCGCAUACUUUCAAACAUUUUGUUUGCUGUAGGUUAUAAAGAACUCCGGUCUGUGGCAAUUCUAUACGCCGGCAUUGAAGGUACUAUUUGGAAAAUUAAAUUCAAAGCAGAGGAUAUUAAAAUGAAGCUAAAUUAUAACUGUGUUUUCCCGUUUAGUAUGUCGUGAAAACCUCGCGUUAUGGAAAUCGUGAAAAGUCGACUCUCACAUCAAGCAUUAAGUAAGUUGUGUUCUUCGAGAAUAACGAGGACAAAGAAAGAUAGUUCAUCAUUUGGUAAUUUUGUUCUCUUCAGGGAUGCGAUGAUUUUCAGUAUUUCUGUCGAUAUGGAACAGAAAAAACGACUGGAACUUGAGAAACAGGUAUUUAAUCCACAUGUUCAAUCAGUCAUGUUCAACAUGUUCAACCAGCAUUUGUAGUGUCGUGCUCACUACGCUUGCCUUUCAAAGUGGGAGACCCGAGUUUAAUCCUUGGUCAGACCUCCACUCAAGCUCUUAAAAUAAUUGAGGAGAAAGAGCUACCUUUACAUUAACAUCAGUAAAUGGUUAGACUUUCGCGUCUUCUCGGAUAAGGACGUUAAAAUCGUAAGUACCUCGGAUCCCCUAUCAAAUUCGUAAUAGAUUAUUAUAUCGUGAACGUAUGGAUUUCUGUUUCUCAACGUUUAUAGGAAAUCGAGAAAACGUUACGCGAGAUAGAUGAGAACAUGAAACUUCUCCUUACGGCAGACAAAAGUGAGCAGUUGAAAGUGGAGAAACUUCGCAAUGAGAAGGUAUAUUGGGGGUAGGGGUGCACCGGAUUUGGAAUUUUCAAAUCCGGCCGGAACCGGAUUUACCGGAUUUGGACAAAAAUUCCGGCCGGAUUUGCCGGAUUUUAGAUAAAACCGGUAAUGGGGACAAUUGGGGAUAAAUUGGGAUAAUUCAGUAUUCAAAAUGGCGGUUUAUGUUUUUUACUAUUUUUAGUUAGU